AUGUCGUCGCUCCCGUGGACCGUCGAAGAUUCAUCCGACGUGGGUUUCACGGAGCAAUUCAAUCUCCGGAGAGAGAAGCGGCGCGACGAGGCUCGCCAAUCGCCGCUACCGACAAUCUCCGCCGGCAGCAGAGGCAGUAGCCGAGCUUCCAGCCGUGCGGGCAGUGGCGACGCGAGUUUAGGGCGAGCAGGGGAGCGCGGGUUGGGACGGGUAGUUUCAUCAGAGGAAGAGGUGUCUAGUCAUCAGAGGUCCCUCAGCCCACGAGCGAUUUCCCCUUCCGCAGGUGGGGUAGGGGGAGUAUGGGGCGCAGGAGGGUUAGGGGCCCCAGGGGGGAUAGCGGGCGCGGGGGGAGUAGGAGGCGCAGGGGGAAUAGGGGGAAUGCAGGCAACGUCCCCCAGCGGGUCUUCACCAAGGCCAUGGGGGUAUCAAUUAGCGCCGGCGUAUGCAGCAGCAGCUGCGGAUUUGCUUGGUGAAAGGGCAACUGAUGCAGGGGAGGUUGCGCCCAGCGCGGCGGCGGCGGGGGCAGCGCGGGCGGGCGGGGCGGGCGGGGCGGCGGGGAUGGUGGGGCCAGCAGCAGGAGGAAAGAGGAACGCGCCCGCGUUUGUUUUCUUGCCAGACGUCGAAGAGUCGACUGGCGGAAAGGAAGGCCACUCCUUCAGUUUCUCUCAGGCAUUUGCCGCUCAAGGCCCCUCUGCUGCUGCCGCUCGUACAGCAGAACCAUCCUCCUCCCCCUCCCACUUUCCCACUCCCCCCCUCCUCCAAACCAACUUCUCUCCCCCGCGUUCCCUCCCCCCUCCCGACGCCUCUGCCUUACUGCGCUCCCCCGCCCACUCCCCCCGCGCCUCCUCCCACCCCGUAGGCUCCCCAUCUUCCUCCGCUGCCUAUUCAUUCUCCCGCUGGGGAGGCGAGAAUACUGCCGGGGGGGGUGGAAGAUUAUCCGAAGAUCGUGCAUCUACUGUACCUGAAGAUGGGCCCUUUCACGCCAACCCUAUCCCUCCUUUUGCUCCUGCCUCCACCUCCUCCGCCCCGCCGGUUUCCCCCAAACGGUCCGCUCCCCGCCCUCCCCCUUUCAAUGAAGUCAUGAAGGCAUCGUCUGGGGAAGAAAUGCUGGCUCGUGCUGCUGAAGCAGCUCAAAGGGGGGCUACUGAUUCUGCUGCUGUUGCUGCUGCCUCACCCUCUAGGCAUCAAGGAGUCGCUGCCCCUCUGUCCUCCUCGUCCUCUCCACCUCCUCCUGCCUUCAGCCCCACUCAAGUGGCCCAUGAAUCCCCCCGUAAUACUGGUGCACACCAUCACAUGCUACCUGCCAAGCCCAUGCCACCCAUGAGUGCGACUGGAGGGGCGGCAGCAGGCGGCGCUGGUACAGUUGAUGUGGAUGAAAUAAUUAAACAGGCCAAUAAUAAGUCGAUCCAACGGCCGGCACCAAAUCAACAGCCAAAGCAACAGGCCAAAUUCUUCUGCUGCUAG